CCGAGCCUAGUUAGCAUGCUAACAUUAGCUAACUAGCACGUCUGAUCGCUGAAGAAAUGCUUUUUGUUUUACAGGUAUUUGUCCAUAAAUUAAAGUAUUGACAAGUUAAAAAAUCACAUAUCAACAUGGAGCUAGUUUCAAUGGGCCAUCAAAUUAUCAUAAUAAUUAUAAUAUAUUAUUUUAAUUCGUUUUCUGGGGAUCGUAAAUGUAAAAAAAAUCCAAAAUGGAGGACCAACGGACCGCUAACUGACCAACGGACGGCCAGUUGGCGAUGGUGGAGGGGUGGGUUCCCGACCAGGUAACGGUGGGGCGGACCCGGUCGCUGCUGUCCCCCCCUGUCGGGGGUUGUUAAUAUCGCGACGUUAAAAGGGGGCUGGCAGACCCCUGACUACCAGCGGGGAAGACACCAUGGCAUGCCCCGCUUUUCAUGUGAUUAAGUGUGUUUUUCUCGGUGUAAUGCAGGCGGAGGAGGGUCAACACAGACUGCGGUAACCGGUGAAUCCAUCGGUGUGUGGCCGUUUGUUUUUGGGCGCCGGAGCAGACGGCGGGAUGGAGCCAAGCGAGGGGGACGAGAGUGAGAGCGGGUCCUCGUCCCAACCAAAUACGAUGUGGAGACAGUUUCAAGCCAGAGCCAAGCCGCUGCUCAGCCCCAAGCUGGGCUCCAGAGACCCCGAGGAGGAGAAGAAGGAGCGGGGCAUGUGGAUGUUCAAGAAGAUAAAAUGGAAGGAAAACGUCGCACUGGACCGGGUGAUCUCCUCCUCGCAGCCCGACCUGCUCUUCUCCUCUCGGGUGGAUGCGGAGACGAAGGAGGCUCAGCUCUGCGGCAAAGCGGCCGGGAGCGGCCCCGGGCUCGGCAUGGAGAAGCAGCCCUCGCGCAAGACCGCCAGCCCGAAUAAGCCCACGGUGGCCCAACUGGUGCAGUCCCACCACAAGAGCUCUUCUCUCGGGUCGGCGUGCCUGGAGAGGCUGGCCGAACCCCCGCGCGGCAGCGGUGGCGAAGGAGGCGGCGGCGGCGGCGGCGGCGGCGGCGAAGGAGGCGAAGCGGCAGUUGCGGCAGUUGCCGCAGCAACAGAAACGCAGCAGGAGAGCAGCGAUGAACAGCCGGGUUCGGCCGCUCCAUGCUCCUCGGGGGUCACGUCUGAGCGAGCCCCCCCCAGCUCAGGGAUGUACAAGCUGGAGGUCGAGCUGAGGAGAGGACACAAUCUGGCCGUCAGGGACAGAGGAGGCAGCAGUGAUCCGUAUGUCAAGUUUAAGCUCGCUGGAAAAGAGGUGUUCAGAAGCAAAACCAUCCACAAGAACCUGAACCCGGUGUGGGACGAGAAAACGACUUUAAUAGUGGACUGUCUGAGUGACCCGCUGUAUGUGAAGGUGUUUGACUACGACUUUGGCCUUCAAGACGACUUCAUGGGUUCUGCGUACCUCUACCUCGAGUCCCUCGAGCAGCAGAGGUAA